CCUCAGCUACAGACAGUCACUGCCUUGGCUUCGGGCUGUAGAAGCUCGAUGCAAUCCUUGGCCUUGCGCGACAUCGGUGAAUAUGCACAUGUGUUGGAAUCCAGGAUGGAGACCACGUCUAAAAAUUCAUCGAUUGCCUUUUUCUUCCCGGGACCGCCGCUCAUGCAAGCGACUAGUCAAUUGUUAUCUGUUCCGCCGAGGCAGGAUGCAGGCGUGGAUGGGACAAGAAAGUAUUUGGACAAUUCAAUUUUUCUCUUCCUACAAACACAACGAUGCAUGUGUCCGGCACAAAGUGUCUUCGAUCCGGCAUUUAGAUCAGACAAUAAGGAGCACACCAGUAGCUCAUGCGAAGGUUGCAUACAGCCGUUGACAGUCCAGAUAAAAGAACUAUUUUGGCCUGCGAAAGCUGUCAAUUCUCGAACAGGUGGGCGUAGAACUGCAUCCAGUCCGAAAUAAAUUUGCUACCGCUCCAAAUUCUACCCCACUUAUCUUGAGUCGUAACAUGGGGCGGCUGAUAGCGCGGCUCGCCUGGAGCGCCCCUGGCUAACAUCAUCUCGCCACGCGUAACGUUCUCCACAAAUAUGACAACCCCCCGGCGCAGGCAAGGCUUACCCCCUUGAUCUCCCGGGCCCCUUGGCAAAGAUCAAACCCAAACCACAUUCACAUAGUCGCCUCUGCAGUCCACCGCCCAACUAAGUGCCCUUUCUCUUCUGUACGCGGUCUGUUUUCAGUGAACAUCGUGGAUUUCUUAAGAUGUGCACCUUCUCUGCACUAAAAUAUUAGGACAAGUCAAGUCUGGCCUGACCCAGCAACGAAGCUUCGUUUGUGUCGUGAGAUUGGUGUUCUGAUCUGGCUAGCAAAAAGUCUCACGGGUUUUAUUUGCAGAGGGUGGUUGGGAUCGCUGUUCCUAACUCUAUCCCCCGUACUUGUUUCACGAUUGAAUAACGCAGACAGAUUCGCCAGCUAUCUUGGAGUCAUGAGGCCUCGCCCCUCAUCCCUAUUGCGUUGUUUAGGAUUGGGAGAUCCCUUCAACCCGCUUGCUAUAUACGACUCUGCGCGCGCUAUUGUCAAUUUCGAGACUACUCGUCCUUGUCUUGUUCACGCUGAAAGUGGCUCUGUUCGUAUCUUUGCAAUUCAUUGUGCAAGUGCG